AUGCGUAUAUAUGUUCUAUCCACUAGUUUUUGUGUGUGUAGUCUUAUUCCCAUGUGCCUGCGCCCUGCAACUGUUCACAUGGAAAGAGGCAUCGUGUGGACUUCGCAGGCUUAAUACAAAAACCUACAAAUUUAGAAUCUACUGUUUGUGUUUUGAGAGAAUCAUGAUUGAAAAGUCGAUGUCAAAACUCCAGUUACGUCUGCCUGUAAGAGAGGCUGUCGUGCUGCAUUGGGCAUUAAAUAUUACUUAUACCAGAAAUUCUGAUAUUAUGUUUGUAAAAUAUCUGCUAUCACACAGUCACUACGUUUACGUGUGACACAUCUUCCGAAAGACGAACACCGAAUUUCGGCAACCGUUUCUCCCUGUCUUGUUUACACGUUAUUGACUGAAGCGGAUGCACUAGCACAGUUAAAUAUGGAGCCUGAAAAAUCGCUGUUACAGUUUCUUGUUCAGUCAGCACAGUGGCAAUUUCUCUUAAAAGGCUUCAGUUUUAACAUUUCGACUUAUCCUUCACUGUGCAAAAAGCCACUCCAUCCAUAUCAGCAGAAAUUUUUUAUAAACAUGACGAUAGCUGACCAGCGUAAGUGGGCGAAAAUCGAUUGGCGAAAUGGAACUUCGGCCACUAGAAGUGGAUUUCCAUAAACGAUUUUGAAGCAUGUACAAGACCACCCACAUGCGGUAUUAGGAAAUCGGUUUACGAAAUCCGAUUUUGGAGCCCUAUGUGAACGGGGCGGAAGGUGUUUAGCUAAAAGGUCAAAUAAAUAAAUAAAACACUACGUGUCUUUGGCUACACUUCAAAGAUCUUCGUUAAUUGGGCAACAUAGAUUGGAAGACAGUUGUUGUUGUUUUAGUGUUUUGUGUAAGAAUUGUUGAAUCUGGUGGGUUUGGUAAUUUGUUGAACAAUGACUACCGCUGCCAGGCCUACCUUCGAACCUGCCCGUGGUGGGCAGGGCAGAGGCGAGAAAGAUUUGAGUGCAAUUUCAAGACAGUAUUCGAGCAGAGAUUUGCCAUCUCAUAAUAAACUGAAAUACAGAGAACAUGGGCAAGGAACCACUGAGGAACUCAGAUCACGAGACUUCCGCAAAGAACUGGAGGAAAGAGAACGUGAGAAAGAAAAGAACAAUGCCAGGGAUCGCCGAACCCAAGAGUCCAGUUCACACAAGAGACCCAAGUUGGACCAGGUCCCUGCUGCAAGCCUAGAUGCGGAUGAUCCAUUAGAUGAAGAUGAUUCAGAUGAUGGUGACAGUGAUGAUGAUACAGCACAGUUGUUGGCUGAGUUACAGCGAAUAAAAAAGGAACGUGCUAUGGAACAGGCAAAAAGGGAAUCUGAGAAACGACAAGAAGAAGAGAGAAUAAGAAUGGAGAACAUUUUGAGUGGAAACCCAUUGCUGAAUUACUCCGCACAGAUGCAGAAGGCAGAUUUGAAGGUCAAGAGACGUUGGGAUGAUGAUGUUGUAUUCAAGAACUGUGCCCGUUCUGAACCAGAGAAGAAGAAAGACCAAUUUAUCAAUGAUUCAUUGCGUUCAGAGUUUCAUAGAAAAUUCAUGGAGAAAUAUGUGAAGUGACUGUUUCUCUGUUUGCCUCUGAAUGUGGGAUUACAGAAAUGCAGCUUUGGUUUCUGCACAGUUGUGAAAGACAAAUUUUGAAAGUACCUCUUGAAUCAAUGUGCAAGGGUGUUGUUGCAGUGGGACAACGAGUGGUUAACUUGAGAAGACAUGCAAAUCCAUUAAUGUUUAAUUAUAGUCUCAGUUUCUAAAAGUAAAUGUGACUCGCGUGGGAGCUACUACUUGGUUAUAAAGAAAUUAAAAAGUUAUAUAAAAUAAUGAAUCAAGUGAGCUUAAAUACAGCCACUUUUGUGUAAUAUAUGAAACCAUAUAGUGUUUUACUCUUUGAUAAUUCUUUACUAUUUUGUGAUGCCAAAUAGUGCAAUGAGCAUUUAUUUCUAAGUAGACAAAUGGUGUAGUUAUUUGCAGACUGUCGUUUAUAGUGCAAGUGUCUAAUAAAUUAUUUCUGAUACAUUUAGACCAUUAUCAAGCCUUUUUAUGUCACUAGUUACUGAUGACAGAAAUAACAACUAGUCACUGUACAUAUUUUUUAAUGGGUCAGAAUAUGUUCACAUCAUUGUCUGAAAUGUAUUAUGAAUGAUUAAAUCUGUGGCAAGCAUUGAGUA